AAACUGUAAAGUAAGUCAGAUUAAAGCUGAGGACUAACACGUUGCAACACGUUGUUUGAUUCCGGAGGAAAGACUGGUGAAACGUUACAAAGUUAUUUACAUCAGUUUAUAACGCGUUUUUGGUGUUGUUUGCGUAUUGAUUUGUUUUUUCCUAUGUUGAGCCGCUUCACUAAAGGCUUUGAAGUCUUAGAGCGCGUGAGAACAUGUCAGGAGUGUGUCAGGACCGAAGCAGCCGCUGGCAGAGUAUAGAGAAGGGGCUGCAGUUCAUCCAGUCUACACUGCCGUUUAAUGGCUCUCAAGAAGAGUACGAGUUGUUUCUUCAGGACCUGGUGAGGAACCUGUUUGGCGAGGGCAAUGAUGUCUUCUGUGAAGGCGAUUGGGCCCGAUCUGUGGAACACUACACCGAGGCUUUAGGCGUCUCCGAAUAUGCAGAAUCAGAAGACAUCAACAUACCCUGUAAAACGAGAGAGCGGCUGUAUGCUAAUCGCGCAGCAGCCUACUUACACAUCGGUCUUCAUGACCAAGCGUUAGAGGACUGUGAGCAAGCUCUCCAGCUGAACGAGAACAACUACAGAGCGCAGUACAGGAAAGCCCGAUGUCUGAAAGAGCUCGGGAGACACCAGGAGGCCUAUGAUGUCAUUGCUAAGUGCUCCAUGGCAGUGCCUCAGGAUCCCAAAGUGAUUGAACUGACGCAACAACUUGCCAAAAUAUUGGGAUUGAAAAUUCGUAAAGCCUACGUGAGAGGCAAGCCUGCCUUAAAUGUUCUAACCGGAUCUAGUGGAUCAGGAGCAACAAAUGAAAAGUUUGACAGCUCUGCUUCGGUGGAAGAAAUUGAACAUGAUGAGUGCCAGUUCACUCAGAUUGUUGGCACUUUGUUGCCAGUGAACAUACCAGUUUGUCCUCCCGGAAGUCAGAAAACUGAAGUGGAGCCUCAGCAAAGACCUGUCCAGGCAACACCCAAAGUAACCUCCGCUGAACUGCCAAAUCCUGAACCCGUUCCUCUGGUAAUGCCCUCAGUGAAUGGAUCGAAGCCCAGUGAUUCUUACACACAACUGGACUUGGAUGGAGAAAUCUUGGGAGAUGAUCUAGAUGAAUUGCUGGAUAAAGCGGCUCCAGCUAACCUUUCCAUGGGCAUUCCUACAGUGACGGGUCCUCUCCCCCUAGCCAGCGUUAUUGGUACGCCGUGUCCCAUAGCUGCACCUCUUCCGCCCCACACCUUCAUGGGCCACCCAAUUCUCAUGCCACCACCGUGCACCGUGACUCUGCCCGCGCCUUAUCACAAACCCAACGCAUCUGUCUACUCCUUCGGCCUGGACUCGUUCCCCUCACAGCUGGAUUCGUUGGACAGCUUGUCUCUUUCAGAACCUCAGCCAGAAAAAACUUUUCCUCUGGAAACAGGCUUUGGCCAGCAUUCUUUUAUGAUGGGCUCCAGUGAAAGAUCCUUGCCCACUUUGCCACCCAUGAGAAUGUUCAGCAUGCCAGAAAGCAGUGGUUAUACCCAGGAGCUGCCACAGCAGGUGGACCUUUCCAAGAAUCCGCUUGCUGAAACCCAUGAGUUUAGACUCGCCUGUGCUGUUUGCUUUGAGAAAACCGGAGUUGGGGUGCUCGAGUUCAGCUAUCAUCCGGAGGAGCAUAAAUGUAAAAAGGACUUAUUGAUCGGAAGAAUCAAACAUGCGGAGAAUCAGACAUGGAAAUUGAUUCGGCCGAGGCCUACCAAAAAUCAGUACAUGGGGCUUUAUUAUAUUUGCAAAGAUGUUUCUAAUGGAGAAGAAUGUAAGUACCCUGGCCACUGCACGUUCGCGUACUGCCAAGAAGAAAUUGAUGUCUGGACCCUGGAGCGCAAAGGUUUCAUCUCCAGAGAGAUGCUGUGCGAUCCAAGUGCGAGCCGAGGAAAGAUUAAUUUGACCGUUUCCAAAAUCCUGCAGGAGCACCAAGGCAUAUUUUUGUUCCUUUGUGAGGUGUGCUUUGAUCACAAACCCAGAAAAAUCAGCAAACCUGGUAUCUGCUCUCAUCAAGUGAAACCGCAUGGGUUGGAUUAUUAUAAGUGCCUCGUCCAUUUGGUAAAGAACCCUACGCUGAAGUACUCCAAAAUCCGCCCGUACCAGUCUCCCUGCCAGCUGGAUCUGUGUAGGCAUGCGGUGCGCUACGGGUGUCAGCGAGAGGAUACCUGCUUCUUUGCUCACAGCUUCGUCGAGCUCCAAGUCUGGAUAAUGCAGCGUGAGCAAGGUAUUACACAUGAAGCUAUUGUUCAAGAGACAAAGAAGUUUUGGAAUAUCGAGAACAGCUUACGAGAACAGGAUCUGCAGGCCGCCUUGAAGAAGUUUGGGCCUCCUAAUCUUAAAUUGCAGUUUGUGUGUGGGCAGUGCUGGAGGCACGGGCAGCUCAACGAGGCGGACAAGAACAAGAAGUACUGCAGCGCGAAAGCCAGACACCCCUGGUCCAAAGAUAGACGAGUGGUUCUGGUUAGCUCAGUAGAGCGGAAGAAGUGGACAGAAGUUCGCCCUCUUCCUAUGAGAAAGCCUGCACCUACUCAGUUUGAGAUUUGCUUGCAUGUUGCUGCAGGCAAGAAAUGUCAGUAUAUCGGAAACUGCACUUUUGCCCACAGCCUGGAGGAGAAAGAGCUAUGGACGUAUAUGAAAGAUAACAAUAUUGCAGAUAUGGAACAGCUUUAUGAGAGUUGGCUUCAGUCUCAGAAGCUCAGCAGCAGUGACGAGAGCUCAAGCAGUGUUGCUAAGGAGAAUGGAAAGCAGAUUCACAUGCCCACGGACUAUGCAGAGGAAGUGGCUAGCAACCAUUGUUGGCUGUGUGGGAAGAACUGCAACAGCGAGAAACAGUGGCAGCAGCACAUCAGCUCGGAAAAGCACAAGGACCGCAUGUUCAACUCCGAGGACGACCAGAUCGGCUGGCAGUAUCGGUUCCCUACAGGAGUUUUCAGAGUCUGUGACCGGUUUCUCAAGGGCACGUGCUCCGAUGGAGAGAAGUGUACCAUGGCCCACGGCGAGGAGGAGCUGAAGGAGUGGAUGGACCGCAGAGAACUCCUUUUGAUGAAACUUACCAAAGCCCGAAACGAUCACUUGAUAGCGCCAAACGAUAACGACUUUGGCAAAUAUAGUUUUCUGCUUAAAGACAUUAAUUAAUUUUUUUUUAUUAUUAUUAUAUUCCAGAAAUGUGCCAGACAUGUUUGAAUAUUAUGUGAUGGGAAAACAGUGUUAAAGUGAGCUCAUGUGAAGCUCCCUGAAGUUCAA